AUGCCUCCAAAUGAGUUCGAACAAUACUCAAAAAAGCCUCACAAUCAACUCAUUUCGACAUUAAAUUUCCUAUUAUUACAUCCACAGACAGAUCAAGCAAAAGCAGCCGAAUAUAAAAAGAAAAUUACGAAUAUUUUAAGUCUUUUAGCAUUUUUGAAUUACAAAUUUACCGAUUUAACGAGUAUGGAGAUCAUUAAUCUCAUUGCCAAUCAAAUUAAGGUAUGCAAUCAUAAAGAACUUUGCUUAUAUCUCAAAAUCGUCAGAAAUUCAUUCGAAAAUCACGAAAAAGACUUCGAAAAAGCGAACAAAUUGGCAUCAGACUCCAUCUUCCAUGCCAUUUGCCAAAGAAUCGAUGACUUUCUCGAUCAUUUUGAAACUCUUCAACCAGACGAAUUCUUCCCUUUGAUCACGAUCAUCACUAUUCUUCUUACGUGCGUGAAAUCUGUUGAAUUGAUGAAGAGUAUUUUCCAAAAAUUACAGCCUAAGUUAGAGAAAAUUUUAAAUUAUCAAAUUCCCGACGAUUUUACUUAUGCGAAGCGAGCAACUAUACAAUUACUCAAAGUUAAAUGUGGUAUACUUAUGGGUAAUGUAUCCCUAAACAACACAAAUAACCCGCAAACAGCGAAUUUAAUUGUAAACACUUACAUGGACAUUCUUAUGCAGAAUUCCGGUGUUGCAUCAUCACUAGUUGAUGAAACAAUCAAUUCCUUCACUUACAUUUUCAAACAAGACCAAGCCAGACGUCUAGAUAUUAUUGCAAAGCAUUUUCCAACGCUGACCCACUACAAAUACUACAAUUCCGAAAACUUCGUCAUAUACCACAGUCUUAUACAGAAUAUUUUAGAAUACGCGUUCAAAAGAGAUCGAAAUGAAAAAAUUACUCGGGAAUCAUUCUUAGUCAGCUUCUGCAAAUACGAUGCAGGUGUUCUACAUUUCUCAAUGGUCCAAUAUUCCUCAAGUAAUUUCAGGUUCGGCCAACUAAUGCAGUAUAUCAGAUUUUCCAACGACGAUCAGCACUUAACAGCCUGUUUGUUCACAUUAUUCUUCAAUUCCAUCGAUACCGGAUUUGUUGAAAUGGCCGCCAGCCUUGCCAAUCUCAAGUCGAGCGUAUCGAAAUCAAAUGCAGUGACACAAGUCCUCAUGCAGCUCUCCAACUUCGCCGAUUGCUAUUACAGACUACUUAAAUACUUCCAGAGCUUCCUAAUGAAGCUAUUUCCACAAGAUGAAGCCGAAAAACGUCAAUUGCAUAAACAAAUUUCGACAAAUUUGUCUUUGAUUGACAUUGACAUCUUGUAUUCAUGUUUCCGACAUGCUCUUAUCUUUACCAUGAAGUUCAGAAGCAUGCUACACCAUGGUUCAGAGCUGUUGCAUAUUCCAAGUCCUGUUGGAGAUCCAGAAAAGAACUUGAAACAAUGCACGCAAACAUUGGAAUCUGCGAAGAAAUUCAGUAAAAUCAGGCAGUAUCAUUUUAGUUCUGCCAAAGAACUUGUCAGAUGUUUGUCAAUGACAACACCGUUCAUGAUGGAGAAUAUAUGGUAUUAUUUCUUCAGAGAUUUCUUUGGAUUGGAAGAUGAAGUGAUUUUUGACUCAUUUUUAUUCAAAGAAUUGAUAAGAGAUAACCAACUGACAGAGACAUUCAUAAACUCAUUAGUCAAAUAUUCUCUAAAAGAACUCAAAAACGGAUAUCAAAUUAAACAUUUGAUUCGUUCUUUGAGUUAUAUCUUUGAAAAACUUGUCCAUAAACCUCCUCAACAGUUGAUUGCAGCACACAGACCACAGGAACCGCAAUACAAUCCACAGCCAAGUCCUGAUUUUAUUAAGAACCUUUCUAUCCCAGCGAACAGAUUUUUGGAAGUUUGCAAAGAUUUGGCAAAAUCAAAUGUUUAUUGUCCUGAUGUCCUUUCUUUGAUAAAAUCAUAUUACCAGUUCAUGGAAUACAUCUUAGGACAAAACAACAACCCUCUCAAGAUCUCUGAUCCUUUGGUUUCUGAUAUCUGUUCAAAUGCUGAUAAUUGUAAUUGUCCUUCAAAAAAUUUGUGUGAAUUCAUUGAAUUCUGUCAAAAUUUACAAAAAGAUUUUCUUAAAUUGAGGGCAGUUUUAUCGUCAUUGAUUAAUGCAUUGAAGAAUGAUAUCAAGCAACCAUUAGCAUUAUUAAAACAAUGCUUUGAGAGAUAUGAAAGCAAUUUCUUAUCCCAUCCAAUGAUUCCUCAAUUUUAUUCAACUUUGUUGGUAUAUUUAGACAACAGUUCUGCGGAAAUCAGACAAGAAAUUGUCAAUUUCAUUAAGAAUAUACCAAAGAAUAUAAUUGAAGAAGUCAUUUUCCCGUCUUUUAGUGUUAAUAACAACAAAACAAUUGUUUUAGAUGCAGAAACAAAACAAAUAAGAGUUGAUUUCGAUUCAUUUUUGCAUGGAUUGAAUUGCGCAAUGUCCGAAUAUCCAAAUAUCGAUAAACUCUGGGAGAUAACGAAACAGAUUAUCAUUGAUGUUUUGAAUCAAACAGAGUGGACAAGCGAAAUGAGGAAGAACUUCCAAUCAUUGAUAUUUUUCAUUUUGCCAAUGCGUCAAAAGAAUCAAAAUCAAUGUGAUGAUGUCCUCAAAACUAUAAUCCAGACAUUUAAUGAAAACAUCUCCGCUUUGGCUCAUGUUUUCACCGCUUUGUGCUCUUGCUUCCAGGAUCCGCCUCAUCAUUUAAUGAAUUCAAUUUUGGUAAAUUUGAAUACCAAAGAAAAAAUGUCACUUUUUAUAAAUGAAAUUGCGUUCAUUAGUAGUUUACAGGUCUUCCCUAGCAAAGGUGUUUCUGAGACUAUUUGCCAUUUGAUCAUCUCGGAAAUCAAAAAGGAAUUGAUUGAUCCAAUAACUUUCGCGAUGUUUGUUCACAGAACAAUUAACGAAUUAAAUGGAAGUGAUUGGAAAGAUGUGCAAAGAUGGGACUCUUUCACUAACUUCAUUGAGUUGGAUUUCGUACCGAGAUCUCUCCAGAAAAUCAUUGUUUUCGCAAGAGAUUUGUUGGGAGAAUACGAUGGAUCAAUCAUGAAAAUUUUGAGUUCAAUGAGAAUUUCAUCGGCUUUCUUCUCAAUUUUGGUACAAAGUGAACUGAUUUCUAAAUGCAAAUAUACGCAAGAAGUCAAAGAUUUCAUACAAGAAUGCUUUGAAGACGAAAUGAUGGAACAAGAUUAUGGAUUAUUCAGAUUUUUGGGUCCAUUAUUCAGAGCGUUUCCCGAUGCUCUUCCUGAUUUCAAAGAAAAAGUCCAUCAUCUUUUGACAGCCAAAUUGCAAACAAUUAUUUCAAGCCAAGUUAAAGUGCAAGGAACAUAUUUAGUUCUGUUAGUUCCUGUCUUGGAUUCGAAUUUGUUUGAUAUCAAUGAGUUUAUAUCAACAAUUUCUAUAAUCCACAAAUUCAUGGAUCAUCCAAACACAUUCUUGAAAUGCCAAGCACAGUUAGCUGCGCAGAUAUUUGCAAAGAAAGGCUCUGAAGAAGUAAAGAACCAGUUCAAUGAAAUUGUCCAAACAAAACUAAAAGAAGCUUAUUUUUACGGACUUGAAAAAGCUCCAAACAAAUUGACUUUGAUUAAUUGGAAAGAUUUGAAAGAUGUUUUGUUUAGUUAUUACUUGAUUGUUCCUGAAAUAUUCAUCCAAACAAUAACAAAACAAUUGGAAUACUAUUCAACAACAAUUUCCGAAAACAGCUCCCAAAGUUUGAGCGCAAGAGAAAUGAUUGCUGGAUUGAAAUCAUUAUGUGGUUUCAUCGCAACAGGAAGUGUUGUUAACUUGUUAUUGCAACAAAGCAAAUUCCUUGAAAUCGCUAGAAUGUUUGUCAGUAUUUUCAAUGCAAUGCCUUUGUUACCAAGACAAGAUUUCGUUGAAAUAAUGAUUGAUUACUUCUCUUUUGCCCCUCAAUUAUUCCCUGAAUUUUUCAAACAAUCAAUGUCCGAACCGAAAUCUUUGCAAUUUUUAUGCAUCAUUUCUCAAAACGAGAAAUCAAAACCAUUGUUCCAAUCAGUGGAAGAACCAUUACUUCCUAUCAUCAAAGAAUCACUUAAAGUCAAGGAUAAGAUGACAAAUUUGCAGUCAAUGUUAUCAUACAUUGUUUGUUCAUUGAACUCUGCAAAAUAUGAUUCAGAACUCAUUGAAUUAUUAGAAAAGAUUUUCCAUGAAAUGUUGAAUUGUUUUGACAACAAUUUCGCAUUGUUUAGUUCGGUAAUUUUCCAGAAAUUACUUGAGUUCUUUGGCUUAAACCAUCCAAAGGUUUUAUUACAACUCGCUUUCCAUGUCUUAGAAAUAAGAAAUCCUUUGUUAGUUACUCAAUACGCUCAAACUUAUUCGAAAUUGUUGGGUUCUGAAGUUUUGUCUCCUGAAUUGUUCUAUUCAAUAGAAUAUUCAGAUGAUAUGAGACUGAACUCACUCUUCUUCAACAUCUUCUUGUUACCGUAUGUUCAAGCUCACAAUGAACAAUUACCUGUAAUCGUUAAUUUCGCAAAAGAAAAAUUCAAUUUGUACGUUUAUGUCACUUUUCUAAAUACACUUUACGAUAAAAACGUGACACUAAACAACAUUGAAUUCAACACAUUUGAAUUAUAUAACGAAGCAACAGAUGAUGCGACAAGAUUACAAGUUUUGUUGUUAUGGAGUUAUUCGAACAAAACGACAGAGAAUUUUGUUACGAUGUUUUCUCAUUUCAUUGAAUUUGUUCAUAACUCAUUACCAUUGGAAAUUCGCCAGAUCUGUUCUAUAUUGAAGAUUCCUUUAGACUUAAGUGAUGAUGAUUUAAAGGUAAUUCUUUAUCAGAUUGGCGAAAUCAUCAAAGAUUAUUCCAGGUAUUCGAAUGUUUUGUUAUAUAUUUUCAAGUUGGUCAUUUCCAAUGUCAAAAACAUGAAGAAACAUCCAUUGACAUUAUUCCAUUUCCCACUGCAAGAACACGCUUUGUACAUAGAGUUCGGACAGAAAAAGAUAACAAAUGGAAACCAAUUCAACAUAUUCAUUGAAUUGACCAAUUUGAUUGACGGAGGAGCUCCUGAAGAAGAAACUAGUCUGGCAAACCAUUUCGCAUCAUUUGCUUUGAAACAGAUACAAAUGAACAAAGACCAACCACAGUUCUUCUACAAGGCAGGAAUGAACAUUUUCCCUCCUCUGUUUAAACUCAUAAAAUCAGUGAAUAUUCCUAAUUUCGUAAGUGAAAUUUUGCAGUUUAUCAUUGAUGUCCACAAUAAAACACAGAAUCCGCCACCUCCGCCUCCUCCACAACAGUUAGCAGCGCAAAAUCCUCAAUUGGCUGCUCAACAACAACAAAUUAAAGCUCAGCAGCAACAACAGAUACCGCAGAACAAUCUGUGGGAUGCCAUACAGUUGCAGAUAGUGAGACUGAUGCCGGAUAUGAUAGAACAUAUAAGCAAAACAUCACAUUUCCCUUAUUUCGACAAAAUUUUGGAAAUGCUCGUACACAUUACAUGCAAUGACUCUAAUAAUUGGUCAUAUUGCUUAACAUCAUUGCAUUAUAUCAUAGAAUCAAAGAUUUACGGUCAAAAGGCGUUGGAAUUGAUGUAUUCCCACAAAUCAUUAGAAAAGUUGCAGACAUUAGAACUUGAGAAGCUCCAAAAUACCGAGAAUGACUUGAUUGCAAGGCUAUUUCCGAUAUUAUGGGUACAUCCACCAACAAUUGCGUUUAGAACGAACUUUUUGUUACCUUUCGCUGCUAAAUUCUGCAGAGUAUUCAAUCAGGAUGUUCCCAUCAUCAUAUUCCAGGCCAACUCCAUCAUGUUGUACGUAUUAGAGCAUCCAUUUGAUAAUUCUCCAACUUAUCUACUUGACAUUGCUCUAGAAAAUCUUUCCAAGCUCAACCAAAUCGAUGCCUGCUCCUACAAUGCUCGGUUCAUCAUCCAAAGUUUCUCAAUGGAGCAUUUGACAGUAACGAUGCAGUCCGUUUUGAUGAAUUUCCUUAGCGUUCCUAAAAUUGCAUCGGCCUUCUUCCAAAUGUGUCCUCCAGCUCUGAAAGAAAAGAUUUUGCCGAAUAUUCCUUUGGGAGUCAAAUUCUUUUCAAUGUUCAGAAUAUAUCCGAAACUCGAUGACAAAGUCAUGGAUCUCAUUAAUUCCCUCGAAAUCCACGAUUUACUGACAAGAUGCGCCAAUUCCGAAUUAUGGCAGAUUCCUUUCUCUUAUUUGUUCCAGAAGUUCCUUGGAGACAUCAAGCUGAAUGACAUGCUCAAGAUUACUCAGCACAUUCCUCCUGAGCAACUCGCAAAACUUUGUAAAGGAAUCGAUUUUACAAAAAUUGACAAAAUUUUAGAGAAAAAUUUGUCAAUAAAAUUCGAAGUUGGUCCAGGCGAUCUCCAAUCCACAAUCAGUGAAUCAUCGUGGGAAGAAGCCAUUACUAAAUACGGCGGCGAUUUCGAAUACUCCAAAGAAGAAAUCGCAUUGAAACCAUUGUUGAGAUUCAGACAAGGCUACGAAGUCACUGAGAAAGAAAUGGUCGGAUUUGUUCCUAGAAUUUCAUACGAAAUGGCCAAACGAAUUCUCAAACCUCCUGAGCUAUUAAGUGACAAAGCAUUGGAGUUCAUAAAUGAUCACAGAAUUCUACAGAACUUCCAACGAGAUAUUUCGAUUUUCAGUCAAUCAAACAACGACAGAUUAACUAAGAAUUCAUUGAAAGAUUACUUAGUUGCCAAUGAAUUAUCGAAUAUCCAGAACUACUUCAAAUUCAGUGACAAGAACCAGAGAUCUAACAUGAUCUUCUUCUCUUUGGUUCUCACACAAAAUGACCCUCCAAUUCUCCACAAAACAUACGAACAAAUUAGAAAAACAACUUUGGAGGCAUUCAACAACAUAAUUGAAAUGAAUUUGCACUCUGAAGAAGUCCACAAAGUCACGUUCUCUGAGUCAAUGAGAUUGAACUCUGUUGACAUUCCUUCUUACAGAACAGAUGACUUGUUAUCCGCAAAGCCAAAUGAUGUUGAAGCACUUUUAUGUCAAUUGUUAAUUGUUUCAAAACAAAUUGACGUAAAUGAUGCUUUCAUCUCAAUAAUUAAAGGAGCUUUGAGAACAAUUCCUACUUCAGACAUUUUGUUCUCUUGCCUAGCUUUGAUUGUUGAUAAACUAGAGCUCUGCAUCCCUGCAAUCCUUGAAUCUGCCGUUCAAAUUCCUGUCAGAUGGGCGUCGAUUUUUUCAAAGUUAAUUGGAGAAAAUAAAAAUUUGGCACCUUUGACAAAAUUGCUUUCGAAAUCAACAGGAAUUUACACGUUGUUUAACAAUUGCGAGUUCCCGAUUGAUCUCAAGAAGAAGCUGAUUUCGUUCAUCAAUCCUGUGAAGCAGAUCCUUGAAAGUCCAAGAGCGAAAAUUAUGAAGAAAGUUGUAGAACAAGAAAACAAAGUUUUGGAAAUGAUUUUUGAAGGAAAAAGUGACGAAAAAUUGAUAAAAGAAAGCGAAGAAAUUCUUUUAGAGAGUGAAGAGAGCGAGAAACAAUUCUACAACUCAUUCUGUUUAGGAGAGUAUUCAUUGGAUUCGAUGCAAUGUCCAUUUGUUGAUGAUAUAACAGGAAAUGCUUUGCAAUUAACAGGAUACGUCAAAAACACAAAUUCUAGAGCGAUUUAUUUGGAUGUUUUGACGACAACAGGAUCAAAGAUUUCCUAUGUUUUAUAUCCAUCGAAAUAUGUUGAUUACGGAUUCACAACAUUCAUGACAUGUCUUUCAACAAUUCUUCAAAGAUGUCCUGCAACUUUCAUGAGGAAUAUCCAACUUCCAAACAUAAUGAGUGUUGAAAUUGGAGAUGGUUUCGUUCUUUCUAAGACUCCUGCUGAACCUUUAGUCCCUUCUUUCUGUUUGGAAUCUCUUUUAGACUCCAAAUCUCUUAAUUCCCUCAAACAAAUUAAAGAAGGAGUUCACGAGUACACAAACAAGAAGAGUUAUUGCGACUAUUUCAUGACAAUGGCUGGAAGAUAUGCAGCCUUUUGUGCUGUCCAGACUUUCUUCAAUGGAUAUGUAAGUCCUCUUUCGAUGUUUGUUGAUUUACAGAGUCCUUUCGUUUGGGGAGAAAGACCAAACAACGAAAAAGAGUUCUUGUUGAGAUUGAGAGGAAGAAUGGUGAGUUUGUUGGAUGAAGCUUUGGUUAAAGGAAGCUUCAGAAGUUCAUUCAUUGCUACUGCUGAUGCAAUUGUUUCGAAUACAAGUAAUGUUUUAGUUUUGAUGAAAUCAACAAUGGAAUUGGAUGAAAAUGUCACAAAGAAAUUUGUUGAGGAAGCAAGAAAUUACUCAACAAGAAGUGACAAUACAGAUGAAACACAACAGAAAAUUAAUAAUUUAAUUGCAGCUGCCAUGGGCUGCGAAGAUAUUAGAUUUACUCCGUGGUUAUAA